AAACCUAGUUGCAGUUCAAAUUUACGUCCAAUUUCAAUUCACAAUAUUAUUUUUUACUUCGAAUCAACAUGUUGUGCUGACCUUGUAAAAUAAUUAUCUAUAAAAAAAUUUCGAGAGACUUACUACUGUACAGUAUAUAAAUGAAAAUUUAAAAUUCUUUUUCUCUCAGUUUACAUUCGACAGUCACAGAUUUUAACUCGUUACUCUGUGCCGUCAAAAAUUCGUAUUUUUUUCUCACAUCAAAUUACAAUUUAUAUUCUAAAUUGCCUAUCAUUAUUAAGUAUUUUUUAGUCAUUAAUUAAACAUGUCAGUAUCGCGUGACGAUCAAUCAGAUGCAUUCUUGAACAGUGAUGCACUUGGUGAUGAAUUUUUCUGUUCCAUUGUUGAGCGUAGAUUGAAUAUUCCAAGAGACAGUUUCAAAAUUCGACUUGUCUUGUUUUCUCCAGCAAUUGGAAAGAAUGAAAAUUUUGUAUCAGUCGUUUAUCGCGCAAAGAUUAAAAUUGAAGUGCUGGAGACACACGAACGAAAAUGUGUCGAUGUUAUUAUCAAAGCUUUAUUAACAACACUUGAGGAAUUUAAAAAGUUUAGUGUAUUCCCACGCGAGCGAUUCAUUUAUGAAGAUAUUAUUGCAAGUUUUGAGAAGAUCUGGCUUGAGAGAGCAAAUGAAGUUGUUGAAUUCGGACCGGCAUGCAUUAAAGUCGAAACAGAUCCUUAUGAAAUUAUCGUAAUGGAUGAUUUGAAAGCAUCUGGGUACCAAAUGUUGGACAGAAAAGUUGGAUUGACAGCAGCACAAACAAAACUUGCUCUUACUAAGCUUGCCAAGUUUCAUGCAGCUAGUGCUGUGAGAUAUCAAAAAGAUGGAAUGAUUAGAGAUUUCUUAGAUAGAAGUGCAUCACUUACCCCAGAAAUGGUGACAGAAGAUUCAGCAUUUGGCAAAAGCUUUAUAACAAUUUAUAAUGGAUUUUUGGAAAGCAUUCGGAAAUAUGGAGAUUGUGAUUUUUAUGCUGAUAAAAUUGCUCGAUGGGAUCGUAAUCAUUUAUUAACAUCUUGGAUUACUGUUGCCAAACCAAUGCGAUGUGGGUUGAAUGUAUUAGCUCAUGGAGAUUUUUGGCUUAACAAUAUGAUGUUUAAGUCAAAUGAAUCUAAUGAACCAGAAUCUGUUUUGAUGCUUGACUUUCAAGGAUCUUCAUGGGCUGGUCCAGCUCUUGAUUUACAUUAUUUUGUUGCAUCAUCUGUGCAUGAUGAUGUCAAAAUAUCAUGCUAUGAUGAAUUUAUUAAGCAUUAUUAUGAUCAAUUUACUGAAUCAUUGGUACAAUUAAAGUAUGAUCAGCACAUACCAUCUCUGGAUGAAUUAUAUGACGAUCUGACAGACAAAGCAAGAAUGGCUGCUGGAGCGAUGCUUAUGAUAAUGUUCGUUACUAAAUAUGAUUGUCCUGAAGAGAUAAACAUGGAAGAUUUUAUGACAAGUGACAAAAAAAGUCCAGAAUUUUUCGAUAGAAUUUAUGGCAAUGAAAACUACAAGAAAGCAGUUAAAUCGUGGCUUCCAUUCAUGGAUGAGCGAGGAUAUCUUGAUUCUAUGCUGCCAGAUGACCAAAAUAAGAAUUUGAUAAACUGAAAUUAAUAAUUUUGCUUGGUUUCAGCUGUAAUGUGCUUUAAUUGAGGAACGUAAAAUUUUUAGGGAACAUUUAAUGAAGUUCUUUAAGCUAUAAAUAAUAUAAAAUUGUGUAGAUAGACCAAACUUUAUAUUUAUGAUAAGAUUAAUAAAUUUUGUACAAACAACCCAAGCCCAUACAAUUUAUUAAAAAC